GUUUCUCCCAGUUCGGAGGCUGAUUUAGCCCAGCUUAGUCCCCGUUUCUCCCAGUUUGGCCCAGUUCGGGGCCCGUUUGCCCCAGUUUGCCCUAGUUUGGCCCCAGUUUGCCCCAGUUUGGCCCCAGUUGGCCCCAGUUUGCCCCCCUCGCGCAGGUCCCUGGUGCGGUGGCACAUCGACGUCCUGGGCGAGGGCAGCUUCCGAGACACCCCGGCCCUGCAGCUGCUGUUGGUCACUGCCGGGCGCUUGGGGACCAUCGGGGACGGGGCCUUUGCCGGGCUGGUGCUGCUGGAGUACUUGUUCAUCGAGGACAAUGACGUGGGGACGAUCGCCCCCACGGCGCUGCGGGGUCUCCGGGGGCUGCUGUACCUGAGCCUGGCCAACAACCGCCUGGAGACGCUGCCCCGGGGCCUCUUCCAGGGCCUGGAGACACUGACCCAGCUGGACCUGCGGGGGAACCCCUUCCAGUGCGACUGCCGCCUGCGCUGGCUGGUGACCUGGUUGGGCAGCGCCACCCCCCCCGCCGAAUCGGGGCGCUGCCGGGGACCCCCCCACCGUCAGGGCACCCCAUUGGCCCAGCUCCAACCCCGGGACUUCCACUGCCUUGUCUCCGAGCUGCGACCCUUCCAGUCACUGCCCUUCUCCUCGCUGGCGGCCGAGCCCUUCGCCCUGGGGGGGCACCCAGGGGUGGCCCUGGCCCAGCCCUUCGCCGGCGCCUGCGCCCUCCUGGAGUGGGACCAGUUGGCCGGGCGUUUCCGAGCCCCCACCAUCAUCAACGGCUCGUCACCGGUGGCCUGCCACCCCCUGCAGCUGGGGGGGGCCCUGGUGGUCGUGGUGGCCCAACUCGGGGGGGGCUCGGCCGUCUGGCGCCGGGCGGGUGGCCCCGGCAGCCGUUUUGUCCGGCUACAGGCGCUGGGGAGCGGCCGGUUACGGCGUCCCCACGCGGUGGCCAGCGCCCGCCUCGGGGGUCACUGGUACCUUGGGGUGGCCGAUAGCUCCAAGGGGGGCACCAGCACCCUCUUCCGUUGGGGGGGACGGGGCUUCUACCCCCACCAGGCCCUACGGCCGUGGCACCGGGACACCCACCUGGAGUUCCUGGAGCUGGGGGGGCGGCCGGCCUUGGUGGUCUGCAGCGGCACGCGGAGGCCCCUGGUCUACCGGUGGAGCGGGGCGGCCUUCGCCCCCCACACCGACAUCCCCCACGUGCCCGACGUCUACGCCGCGAAGCACUUCCGCCUGCGGGGCCACGUCUUCCUCUGCCUGACCCGCUUCCUGGGGGACGCCAAGGUGAUGCGUUGGGAGGGCUCCAUGUUCCGGGAGGUGCAGCAGGUGCCAGCCCGGGGCUCGUUGGUCUUCCAACCGUUGGCGUUGGCCGGACAACGCUACGUCAUCCUGGGCAAUGACUACGCCCCCAGCCGUGUCUACCGCCUUGGGCCCGGUGGGCACCUGGAGCCCACCCAGGAGCUGAUGGCCCCCACGCCCCGUGCCUUCGCCCCCCUCUCCCUGGGUCACCGUCACUUCCUGGUGGCCUCAAGCUUCAAAGGGGCCACCCAGAUCUACCGGCAUGUGACCGUGGACUUGGGGGCUUGAGGGGCGGCACCAUUGUGGUGGCUGAGGGACAUGGGGGACAUCAAGCGUCACGUCAUCAUGGAGCUGGGGACAUCGGACGUGGCAGGGUGGAGGUGAGUGCCUGAAGGACGUGGGGACGUUGGUCAUCACGUCGUCGUGGACCUGGGCACCUGGAGGACACGGGGACAUCGAUUGCUACGUCACCCUGGACCUGGACACCUGCGGGACAGAGAUGUCGUGUCAUCGUGAAGCCGUGUCCCUGAAGGGCAUGGGGACAUCGACCGCUGCCACCAUGGAC